GCAUAUGGUCGCGGACACGGACCGCGCGUUUACGAUUCUUCGCUAGUGAGUGCCCCGUUGCCGAGACCGCUCGACAGUGUCGCGUCAAACGUGCAUGUAAGAUUCGAUCCCGAUUAUUUUCUUUCUUUUUUUUUCCUUUUUUCCCCUCUUUUUUUUCUCCCCUCCGUUAACGAGAGGCACGAGUGGUUAGCGGUCGCGCGUAGCGCAACUGCUGCGACCGGGGGUUCCGCUCGGAUCGCUACUAACGCGCCCGAAAACGUCGCUCGCGAAAACGCAACGGAGAAAGAGAGAGAGAGAGAGAGAGAAGAGAUUCGUUCCGUUCCGUUCUACGCGGAGGUUAUAUAAUUUCCCCGGAACGUUCUUUUCGCGUCUGCUAACUAUAUCGGGAUAACGCGCGAAUCUCGUCCCGUUGCCGACACACCCGAUAGAGAUUACUGCUCAUGCGACCGCGCGUGUCACCGUGCACCGACGAAGAAGAAGGGGCGGGCGAUAUCGCCGAUAGACGGUUGCGUCAAUAGGGGGAAAAAGGAGAAACAUGUGCCCGACGUGAUACGGCCGCGUACCUAACGCCAGUGUAAACGGUCGCCGACCACCACCCGCGCCCGAGACGACGCGACGGCCCACGACGGAAAUGUCCACGUUGAUAGGAUCGGAGUUUCAUGGAAACUACAGCACCCAACCAGGGGGCCAGGUGGGCGGAAGCGCCGCGAGUAAUGUAGGAGUACCCACGGGUAGAGGGCCUCCGCCGCUCGGCGGUAUACAAACUAUAGGGCAAUCCGCAGCAGGUAUACCGCCAGGAGGUCCCGCCGGAGGACAAGCAUCCUCGCAGGCCCCGACACCGGGAGUGCAGUCGCAGCCGCCUCAAGGUCCAGCGCCUACUACGACACCACCUGUGCACACACCGUCGCCUCAGGAAAUGGGGAAACAGGCCCACUUGCAGACGCAGCCGCCGUCUUUACCGCAAGUCUACGUACCGACGCAAAACAGAUCGGCGUCUCAAGGCUACUAUCAAACGGGUCCAAGGCCACAGCAGUCGCGAGGUAUCGGUCACAGAGGUGGCCAAGGUGCCAGUGGAACACAAGUGGUCGGGAUGGCCGGGGUAGGUGGAGGCGGAGGGCAACCGCCUGCCAUGUAUCCUCAUCCGCCUAGUUUGCAGAGUAUACAGGCGGGUGCAAUGUAUUUAAGUCAAGGUCAAGUCCAUGGUCUUCACACGGGGCAUCAGCAGUCGGUGUAUCCCAUAAACAAUCAAAUACCGCUUCAGUUCUCUGGUCCACCUCACCAAAGGCACCAGCCUCAAAGUCAACCGUAUUAUCCACAAUUUCAGCCUACUCCAAUCAUAACGCCGCCAAAUGUGUUCGGAUACGCUCCCGCGCCCAACCCCCAGCAUGGCUAUUAUUACACAACGUCAAACACGAUCGGUUUGACUAGGGCGAGUACAAAUGCGGUCAGUGGUGGAGCGCAACAUGUCGCAGGCCCACUGGCCGGUACUCAAGGUGCUCCAGUUAUACCGCAAGGUACAAUUCAGCAACCUACUCAACAAGCCCAACCUCUGCCUACGCUGGGUAUACCUCUGCCGCAAACUGAUGUAUACUCGGGACACAACGGUGGUGCGACAAAUACCGUCAGCACCACUAGGUCUCGGAAACCUCGAGGGCAGAAUGCCAUUUUGGACAUAGUAGAUCCGCAAACGGGCAAAAAUAUAAGCGACGAAAUUUAUAAGGAUAACGAAGCUACGCAGAGUGGCGAAUCUAGCAAUCGCGAGACGCCACAGCCACAGAAUAAUGGUGCGGAGGUGAUAGCUGAUUUCGCGGCUCGCGUCGCCAAGGCCGCGACGGAGGGAUCCGACACAGUGUCGACGAGCGCGUCCGAUACGGCGCCUAAUACGAUACAAGCAGCGGCGCAAACGUCGAACAUUAAAAGCAAUUCCGCUAAUGACGCGGAAAGUCAGUGUAGCAGUAGUCCGUCAAUGACGAAAAGUAUAGCUGGCGCUGGCGCUAGCAAAACGGUACCUACGAUAAGUAGUCAAUCGUUAGGUACUAGUAGUAACGCGACGCAAAUAGACUCGAGCGCGGCGAAAACGGAGUCGAAAGCGUUGCAACUCCCCGUCAAGGAGUUCCAGCCGAGGAGUGAAGUGAAAAGCGUGACGAUCGAGGAAUCGCCACCCGUCACACCCUCGGUGGUGGUAGCAGCCGUCGCGAAUAAAGAUACCGUUUCCGUGCAGCUUACCGCGCCGACUGCUAAUAGCGAAACAACGGCUGUGACAGCGACGGUGACGGCCGAGACCGAAUCCGAGUCCGUCGGGGUUACUGGCGCUGGAGUUGCAGCCGUAGUUGGAGCCGGAGCCGGAGCCGGGGCCGGGGCCGGGGCCGGAGCCGGGGUUGGGCCCGAGGCCACCAAGCACCUCAACGCCUCGUCCAACGUAGUACAGACUGCACCAGUUACUUCCUAUUGGAGUAACGUUACCCAGGAAAUCCCGAAACCGUCCGUCACUGCCUCGAGCGUCAAUCCCGUUCCUAAUAGGGAGCCAUUCCCUAAUCUAUCCAAGACUUUGUCGAACUCGCCGCCGAGGAGGAAACCCAACGCCACCGAGCUGCCUUCCAAUACCAAAGAGCAAAAGGAGAGGAAAACGCGGGAGAAGAGCCUCGGCUCGCGGGGCGCCACUCCUACGCCCGUUCACAAUCAGCCGGCGGAUCACCAUCACCAGAAGACCAACGGCGACGCGGCCGGCGACAAGACGGAGGCUGAGCUGGUGCAUCCGAGAAACGAGAUACAGCAGAAACCGUCGGACGGUAAAGCUAUGCAAAAGCAAAAGAGCAAAAAAUUGAAACGCGAACUGAAUCGCAAGGGCGCGGAGAAGGAAGGCACGGAUAUGGAUGCCUUUGUAAAUACCGUAUCAGCGGCCAAGACAGCGGAGAUGAAGCAAGACAACAAGGAGCACGCCCCUCCCGCCCCGAAAGACAGUAACAAGGAGCCUAGCAGAGAGAUGAGCAAGGAUAUCAAGGAGAAAGAUAAUUACGAGUCGAAGAAGGAGAAGGAGAUUAUGCCCGUUCACGCGAAAACCGAGAAACACGCGCUGUCCACGACGGAGGUGUCCAAGCCCGACAGCGCUCCCGCCCAACAAGCGUCUCACGUUGUAGACAAAGCCCCGAGCAGCAAGGAAUCUUCGGUCAAGUCCGAGGAUAGUGCGUUUAAUGCACUUGCCGUGCCAUCUCCCAAUGACGUCGUCGAUCACGCGGCAGUUAUCGAGGAGAUGCACUUGGAAGCCUUGGUCGCGCAGAAAAAUGAAGAGAACUUCAAGGUGUCGGCGUUGCACGCGUCCAACGACGAAAAGCCGACGACGGUGAUUACGGAGAAGAAGCCAGAAGAAGCGCUCGACGUCUCCAGCGGUAGCGGCGCCGAUGCCCCGGCCGAAGUCGCCGCACCUGUCGUCAACAAGGCUCCGUUACUCAAGUACAAGUACUUGGAGGGCCAGUGGAGUCCGCUCAACAUGACCGGUAGGAAGUCCUACGAUCGGGACUUUCUAUUACGUUUACAAUUUGAUCCCAACAGCAAACUCAAGCCGACUAAUCUACCAAAUUUACAAGCGGUUUUGAAAGACAGCUUGCAGAAUGCGCAUAAUCCUAUGGAUUUGAGGGCUUUCAAGGAUGUUAAUAUUACUAGGCAUGAUUCGUUAAUGCCAGGAUUUGCAAAGACAAACAUGAGUACGCGUCCGCCACCGACGACCCGUAAGAGUGAACGGGGCAAACCAAAACCGAGUAAUAAAAAUGUCAUUCACGUUUCACUGUCGUUGAGAGAAGACGUGAAACUGAGAGAAACAGAAAACGCAUGGAAACCGACGAGAAUGACGCAGUCUAAAAUCUCUGAGGAGGAAGCGAAAUCGCAAGACCUUUAUAGGCGAGUACGAAGCGUAUUGAACAAACUCACUCCGCAAAAGUUCAACACGUUAGUUGAUCAGGUCCGAAGCUUGGCGAUCGAUACGCAAGAACGUCUGCAAGGAGUUAUUAAUCUGGUCUUUGAAAAAGCCGUCGACGAACCUAGCUUCUCGGUCGAAUACGCCUUGUUGUGCAAAGACCUGGCCACGAUGGAAGUCGCCGCUACUGAACCUCAGGAUAGUAUGAUUAGCUUUAAGAAGCUUAUCAUUACGCGUUGCCAAAAAGAAUUCGAAAAGAGUCCAGUUGAUGAUGUCAUGAGAAACCGAAAGAUCAAAGAAAUUGACGAGUGUAAUGACCCGGAGAAAAAGAAAGAACUUCAGUUGGCGCUCGAGGAGGAGGAACGUAGGAUACGAAUUAAGUCUGUAGGAAAUAUUAGAUUCAUCGGUGAAUUGUACAAACAGCAGAUUUUGACUACGAAAAUCAUGCACCGAUGUAUUCGUCAUCUAUUGGAACAAAAUGACGAAGAUAAUCUCGAAUGUCUGUGCAAACUAAUGACUACGAUUGGAAAGGAUUUGGCAUUGAAAGGACCUGCUGAGGAGAUGCAGGACUACUUCAAUAAGAUGCACGAGAUUGUUUCACGAAAAGGCCAGAGUAAAAUUAGUUCUAGAAUUCGUUUCAUGCUUCAAGAUGUUAUCGACUUGAGAGAAAAUAGAUGGAUUCCGAGAAGAAACGAGAACAAUCCUAAGACAAUUGACCAAAUUCAAAAGGAAGCGGAAUCCGAAAGACUGGACAUGCAAGUGAAUAGCGCUCCGUUGAGUGCCGCACGAAAAGACGAUCGUAAUAACGACAGAAAAAGAAAUCGUGGACUGGGCGGUCCUACUGACGAUGGUUGGAGUACACCAGUAGGAAGGGUGAGACCCGCGAUGUAUUCAGUGGAAACAGCAAAAUUAAAGAAUAAACCGCCACCGAUGGACGACAUGCAACUCGGCAAUAGGGCGUCUUACUUGUGGCGGGCUACUAACCCGUCAAAUACCUCUAAGACGAUAAGUUUGAACAAAUUUGCGUGCUUAGAGAAUAUGUCCAACCUAGACCAGGACAAGAGGAUGGCGCCCUUACCGCUCUCUGGAUCACGAUCAACCGGUCCAAGGGAGUGCAGCCGGGAUUACAAGUCCUAUGACGGUAGGAGCUCCCGUAACGGCACUCAUCAGUCGGGCAGUGCAUCGAGCAGGGAGAGUCAUCCGUUGCUGGAUAACUCUCAAAGCCGCAGCGUUUCGAUGCUUCCGCCCGUAUUGAAGUCUGCCUCCCAGUCUGGGGCUAUAAGCCACAAGGCUCCGAUGUCGGAGCAAGAAUUUACCAAGGCUUAUAACUCCAUACUGAAACACUACUUGGAGGAGCCGAUUGUUGAAAAUACGGGAUUAGAAAUUCAACAGAAAUUUGAUAAUGCAACAUUUGCCAAACUUACACGCGAGUGCAUUAAUCACGUUCUUGAGAAGUCGCCUGUCGAACGAGAACUAGUUUCGAAGCUGUUGUCUCAUUUGCUUAAGCAAACUAUUCUACCUGUGGAGUGUUUCAAGAAUGGAUUGGGAGAAGUACUGGAAAUAGUAGAUGAUUUGGUUAUCGAUAUACCAAAAAUUUGGACUUACUUAGCCGAAAUACUGUCACAUUCGAUAGAGGACGGAGCUAUCUUAUUAUCCGAAUUGAAGAGUAUAUGUUUAAGUUUGAGAAGGCAAGGCUUUGUAGGUAAAUUCCUUGGAGAACUUAUGACAAAAGUAUCUCGUAACAAAGGGCCUAAAUGGCUUGCCGAUAAAUGGGACCAAAGUGGACUUCAACUGAGUAACUUAAUUGAUCCAGAACGAGAGAAUGUCGAUAAAAUCAUUCAAGAAUACAAUUUGGAGUUUUUAACUGGUGAUUACAAUAGUGCCAAAGACUCCGCUGCUACUGAGCAACUCUCAUUAGAGAAAAUUCAAGAAAAUCUUACGAGGCUCAUGAAAGAAAAUACUUCCUUCGAUGAAAUUUGCAGUUGGAUAACUGCAAAUGUUGGUAGUAGAGAGAAGGAUCCCACGUUUAUAAGACAUCUUAUGAAUGCCAUCUUAGAAACUACGUUAGAACGACAUCACGGCACUUGGAAGCUAAACCUAGAUACUUUUGCGGGUUUGCAAACAUUGAUUCAACGGUUUGUCGACGCAAACGAAGUAUUGGAAUUGCAAUGUCUUUAUGCAAUCCAACGAUACGUUAAGAAGAUUGAGUUUCCACCUGGUACCCUCGGUCCCAUUAUGAACCGAUUGUGGAUGGACAAUGUGAUAUCAAGCGACGCGUUCCUGACGUGGCAAAAGAAAACUCCGGAAGGAGCGGAUGUCGAAGGCCAUAGCGUCUCAAUCGUCGCACUUACGUCGUUUUUCACCGACCUACAAGAACCAGACGAUAAUUCUAGUGUCGAGGAAUUGUCAACUAGUGCGAAUCAGGGCUGUUGACGAUAUUGUGAUCGAUUGCACUAUCGUCUAUUAAAAAGACUCAAAUACGCGUUUCCCCGUUGAAAGGAAAAUACAACGCUCCGAAAUCAAAUUGCAGUUGUGUUUUGUUUUCGUAAAAAAAGAAACAAAUAAAAACGCAGGAACGCUCCCAAGUAUUGAAGGAAAGAAAAUAUAAUAACAAUAAAAUGACAUUUAAAUGUAUGUAAUAUAAUCGAAAACUCCAACGACUCUUUAUCAACAAGUAAAGGGAAGUGAGAGUGCUGACUAAAUAAACACACGACAGCUGUAUUUGAAAUACAGUAUACAUAAUGAAGAUAAAGUUUAACUAUUAAUUAUUACAGAACUAUGCAAAAUAAUUAUUAUAUAUAAUUCAAUAAAAUGAUUCAAAGUUUAAAUAAAGCAAAAAAAAAGUGGCUCGAAAAUUAUUAUCGUGUUUCUUAUGUAAAUUGUCUCUGCAGCGAGGUAGGUCGAUCGCUCAAUAGAACCGGAAUAUGCGUUUUUUUUUCCAUGCUUGGAACCUGGAAGACAACGUUACUUCCAAACAUUAUAUUAACGCUAAUGUUGCGGAUCAUAAACCGAAGUGCUUGUUACAUGAUUUAAACAUAACGAAUUGCAGACAUCGGUAUAUGCAAUCUGAGAAUAGGUCAAUUUUAAGUGGAAUAAAAGAAAUUCAGAAAGUAAGGAAAAGGAAAACAGCUACCGAGAUGAAACCAAGUCUGAUACUGACAGCGAUAUGGUUCUUCCUAUUAUUGUAACGGAGUAACGGUAUAUAUAUAUAUAUAUACAUAUAUAUAACAGAAUUUACUAAUUUAUAUCUUUGCAAAUAAGAACUUAUAAUGUAUUAUAUUAUAAGAAGGUACGACGCUCACGUGAAACAUGAGAUGUGGGAUAGAACGAAAUAAGUGAAGGAUAUACAAUAUAUUGUGGAGUUAUAUAGGAUCUGUAAUCUAGAACACGUUGAAGUUAGAAAAUGAAAGAUUACAAAUGGUGUGCAUAUAUAUACAUACAUAUAUGUAUACACACACAUACAUAAUAAGGUACUAUUUUUUAACACUAGCUAUUUAUAAUCGCAAGGGAUAAAAGAGUGUAUGCCUGUGCGUGCGCGUGUGUGUACGUUUGAGAUAGAGAAAGAGAGAAAGGACAGAGCGCGGCGCGUGAGAACAUUGGUAUGUGUCCACGUGGCUAAUGCUGUAGCGUAUUGUAUAAAAUUGUUAUUAAACUGAUUUGAGGUACAGCGUUGAG